UAGAAUUGUAUGGUGUAUAGAUUGUGUGGCAUGUGAAUUUCUAUGUUGGUAGAGCUGUUAAAAACCUGAAACAUGGCCGGGCUUUCCAUCUGCGUGGCAGAACGAUUCCUAGAUUCCUUGCCGCGGUCCUCUUGGACGAUCCCGUGGUCUGCAGCAGCCUCAGCCGCCUUCAGCUUCUGUGUGUGCCUCAGCAGCGUUUCCCAGUGUAGCCAGAGGAUGGUGGUCGGCGUGUUCGUCGCCUUGUCCUUGGGCUUUGUGGUGAAGAAGCAGCAGGAUAUGGUUAGAUUUCUGGAAGCCAACAAGAUAGAGUUCGAGGAAGUGGACAUCACCAUGUCGGAAGAACAGAGUCAGUAGAUGUACAAGAACAUUCUCCCUGAGAAGAAUCCUGUGCAGGGCAACCCUCUGCUACCUCAGAUAUUUAACGGCA